AUGGCGAGUUCUACAACCACCACCACCACGUCCUCGCGCCUUCUCGCAUUGCCGGCGGAGCUGAGGAACCGAAUCUACGAGCAGGCACUAUAUCACAAUCGCAAAGCUGGACACGUUGGUGCGGUGGCGCUCCUUCGCACGUGCAGAAAGAUCCAUGGCGAGGCAUACAAGCUCUUCCUCGAGAACAGUGAUGGUGGUGCAAACAUGAGCGCGCGAGAUAUAGGUGAUUGGUUUGAAGAAUGGAAAUUCAAGCGAAUGCAGUGGGACGAGUUAGACAACUGGGACGAUGCAGUUCAGCAAGAGCUGGAUGAGCUAAUCAAGCGUCUUGAUGCAGAGGGCAAGGACAUCUCGACACUUGGAGACUGA